CUAUGGGACUGGUCAGAGCUGCAUGUGUGUCUCUCAGCCGGAAGAUUUCACUGACAAUCAUGGCCCAGCACAAAUUCAUCGACAUCGGUGUGAAUCUGACUGAUCCCAUGUUCAGAGGAGUCUACAGAGGGAAGCAGAAACACGACGAUGACUUUGAUCAAAUCAUCGACAGAGCCGUGAAAACCGGGGUUGAAAAGUUUAUGAUCACAGCAGGAAACCUUGAAGACAGCAGAGAGGCUCUGAAGCUGGCAGAGGGCAGAGAACAGUUCUUCUGUACCGUCGGCUGCCAUCCGACCCGCUGCAGCGAGUUCGAGCAGAACGGCGAGGUUGAGUAUCUGUCGGGGCUGAGGGAGCUGGCGAUGGCGAACAAAGGGAAGGUGGUGGCUAUUGGAGAGUGUGGACUCGAUUUUGACCGGUUGGAGUUUUGCCCUAAAGAGACUCAGCUCCGAUUCUUUGAGAAGCAGUUUGAGCUGGCAGAGGAGACGAAGCUGCCGAUGUUCCUCCACUGCAGAAACUCUCAUCAGGAGUUCAUGGAAAUCAUGAAGAGGAACAGAGAGCGCUGUGCUGGAGGAGUGGUGCAUUCCUUUGAUGGGACAGCAGGGGACGCUGCUGCACUCAUCGACCUCGACCUUUACAUUGGAAUAAAUGGAUGCUCUUUGAAAACAGAAGCCAACAUUGAAGCCAUGAAGUCCGUCCCCACUGAGAGACUCAUGAUAGAAACUGACGCUCCAUGGUGUGGGGUGAAAAACACCCACGCCGGCUCCAAAUACGUCAAAACUACGUUUCCCACCAAGAAGAAAUGGGAGGCGGGGCACUGCCUGAAGGACAGAAACGAGCCGUGUCACAUCAUACAAGUCCUGGAGGUGAUGGCGGCAGCGAGGGAGGAGGACCCGCUGGAGUUGGCCAACACGAUCUACAACAACACGGUCCGAGUAUUCUUCAGCUCCAGAUGAUGGAGGAACACGCCAGACUUUCUGGAUCAGUCUGACAUUAGUCCUGAACUUCUAGUGCCUGUAUGAAAACACGGAUCGGGGGAAAUCAAGUCAAAAAUGUGGAUGUUUGACACUGAAACGCUUCUAUCAGCAACUUUCCAAAGUUCACAGCUUCUCUUUGAAUAAAAACAGGAUUGUUUUUCAACUAUU